GAUGAUGCAACUUUGUAUAUAUGAUUUCUAAAAAUAGCCCCUUGGCUGAUGAUGUAAAGGCCGGCUCUAUGGAAUAAAUAGAGCCCGUGUUGGCCACCAAAACUGCAUCCCGGCAAGCGCUGAAGGCUGAGCUCUUCCUUUGCUGAGUGUGCAGCUGACAACCGAAUCCAGAAUGGGAUCCCGCUUCCUGGCUGUGCUGUUCGCCCUGCUUCUUACCUGCCACAUCAGCUACGCAGGUAUCUUUGAUCCGCUGAUAGGCUGCAGAUGUGCAAAAGUAAGAUCUACCUUCAUCCCUUCUUCAAAAUACGCAAGUGUCAGUAUUUUUCCACCUGGAAGCGCCUGCAACAAGAUGGAAGUAAUAAUCACACUCAAGCGGAGAGGAACCAGAGUUUGUGUCAGCCCUGAAGCAAAAUGGGUGCAGAAUUUAGUGCGAAUUAUUAAAAGAACUCAAAAGUCUGCUGCUGCUGCUGCUGCUGCUGCUGCGGAAAACUGAUGUCUGUGAGGGCCUUGGAAGGCAAAGGACGAAUGGUGCCCUGGCCGGUUCCAAAUGUGAAACUCGACACUUUUCCUCUCUGCUUUUCAAAUCCUGUCUGCUCAAAACAAUGGGGGUGCGGGGGGUGGGGGGUGAAGAGAGACCCCCCAAUCCUGCCUGAGUCAAAAAUUAGACUGGGCUUGUAUUUCUGAAAAUCUGCCUCUCUCUCCCCAGCUCUACAAUUCUAUGAUUCUAACUCCACCGCAAAACUAUAGCUUUAGAUGAGACUUAGGAAGACUUCCGCAGAUGCUCAGGAUAUUUUAACACGCCAUUAGGAUGAACUGUGCAUUAGGAUGCGAGAUUUUCAGAAAUGCAAAAUUGCUAUAAACUACAUGGGUGGUUGGGGGGGGGAGGUUCGCCUGAAGUUGAGAAGUGGCAACUGUUGUCCCACCGCUUGGCUGGAAGAAAAUCUGAUUGGGUUGGGGGUCAAGCAGAAAAGUAGGGGUGGAGGGUGGGUUCAAUGUCCCAAUCCUGCUUGCUUUUUCCACAUGUGCCAUUGUAGCCCUGUGUCUCUCCUCCACCCCCUCCAUUUCUCUCUGUCAUUCUGUGUUUUGAAACGCCGGUCUCUCCCUUCCCAGAAAUGCGGUUCCCAAAAUUCUCAGGUUUGGCUUUUCCUGGUCCAUCCUGUUUUCAGAAGCCUGACCACUUGCUUUCUAGCAGAAUCAAAAUAUGUUUAAAAUACUGCUGGAGCAGGUGUUGUGAUAUGAUUAGAACCACAGAAGAAUAAUGUGGCAAUUAACUUGUUAGCAUAAAUGAAGGCAAUUAAAAAAAAAACAUGCUAUUAUAUCUUCUACCGUAGCAGACUGUUGCUGUUUCCUGUACAGUAAUCUGUUUUUAUAAAUUUGCAAUCCCGCUAGAAUGUGAUGAUAUUUAAAGUGAUUGGGUUUUUUUUUUACUGUAUGUUUAAGUACAGAAAAGUCAAACAAUAAAAUUUAUCUUGCUAAG